AUGUCUAUCUGUCGUGAUAUAAUUAUUACUGACAAUGAAUGUGAAUUAAUGACACACAAGAGUAACAAAAUACUUAAUGAAAGUGAUCCAUCUACCGCAUUGAUUGCUUAUGUUUACUAUGAUCCUGGUGUCAAUUUUACUGAUGGAACUGUUUUGAAUUUGCCCUAUGGAGUUUAUUUCCAAAUUUCCGCUAAUAAUUCAUUUCCAAAUGAUACAUUACCAACCUAUCAAUCAUACCCAGUAAUUCAGCUUAUGGAUCCAGAUUUACUUAACAACGAAAAUAAACAUGCUGACACAAAAUUAACCGAACUUCAAUCUGAAGGUACUAAUUCAUAUGUUCUUUCGCCAUACCAGGCCAUUAAUCCGUCACAAUUUACAACUACUUUUGAAGAAUAUAAUCAAUCUUCAACUUUAACUACUUAUAAGGAAACAUC